AUGUCCCUAUAUACACAGUGACGGCAAUUUAAUUUAAUUACGAUUGAGUUAUUAUGUACAAGAAUAAUCCAAUAAAAUUAGAAAACCUUCUCCAAAUUUUAGUGGUGAAUCUUAUUACAAGGAUAGGUUCAAAAAAGUUAAUAGAAUCCAUAUCUUAGGUUUCUCUGACAGAUUUCAAAGGCAUAGAGUAGAAGUACUUAUUUCGUUCUUAAUAGACACCAUAGGAAUUCAGAAAGAUUGGAUGCGAAGUAGUGGGAAUAUCAAAAGAUUCGAAAUUCUGCUACAUGAAGAAUUUUGAGAUACAAAGAUUGGGAAAGCUCAAUAUUAUGUUGAUUUUUUAUAUUGGAAAAGUUAGAAUAGAGUCUAAUAAUUUUAAAACAUUUCGACAUUUUUUGGAUGUUUGA